GACCAAAGACUCGACAAAGAGCACAGACAAGAGACGGGGACACCUGUGCGCCCUUGCUCACUGGCACUUUCAGCAGCUAUGGGAUUCCUUGUUAGCUUCAAAGACCGCGUUCUGACUAUCGAAGAAGGUGCGCCGCUCCAUAUUGCUUCUCACAAGACUAAUCCUGCCAAGGAGAGACAGUCUUGAUUGGUCGCCAGGAUUCCAGAGACGGCGCAAAGACUGCAGCUCGAGACAACAUGCUCUUCAAGUCUUCUGUUGUGUCGCGCAAUCAUGCGCAGCUCCAUGUGAUCAAUAAUCUUCUCAUCCUGCAGGAUCUUGGAUCGACCCAUGGAACCUAUGUGAAUUCCGAGCAACUCACAGACAAGUAUCUCGUUACCACCAUUACAAGUGUCACAGGACUCUCAAAGACGACGCGAAAAGCUGUAGAACUAUCUUCAGGUGAUACUCUCCAGUUUGGCACAAACGUGGUCAAGGGUGAUGCCAACUAUCACUGCAUCUCAGACAUCGUCAAUAUCUCUGCAGCACCUCAGACGCCGCCUCGCCAGGUAUCCAAAGCAGCAGAGCCAUCGUCGACCAAGACGCUCACUCCGCCACCUCGUUCGUACGGCUUGCCUGAACCUGAGCAGCAAGCCAAGUGCAUCAAUCGUGCUACCUCGCCAGAAGAUCCUCACGAUGUGUCAGAAUCAUCGUCCACCAAAUUACCGGCUGCCACUCGUGACGUUACCUGUGGUGCAGACACGUCGCGUGCUGAUGCUUCCUCCGAAGGAGCUGCAGGACCUGUAGCAGCAACACCACAGCACGAAACAGUACCACCUGAUGAAGAGAAUCCAGUGGACACGCCAAGUGAGAUGACUGCUGAAGCACAGCCCAAGCUUGCAACCAAGGACGUGGAUUUUGAUAUCCUGGCCGCAGAAGAUCACGACGACAUGGAUCAGUCGAGCGACCAAGACGAACACACGGACGAAAACAUGUCUAAUACUGAUGAGACAUCCGGGUCUGCGCCUCAAUCAUUAUUGACAGGUCAGUUGCUCGCAAUGUUCGGAUACCGAGGCUGGCAAUUGUUAGAAGCGUUCGAGACACUCGACGAGCAUCGCAAAUUCAACUUCUUGGAAACCGCCAUCGAUGCUGUUUGGCAUUUUCUCUCGCAUGCCAAAGUUCCGUGUAAUGAGGACGAGGGUAAUGAUGAGACGGCCUUUGUCGCAUACACAAAUACUUUUGGUCCGAUGCUGGAGUAUCUACGCAAAAUGGAAAAGAUGAGGCAAGACAGUGACAGCGGCGACACUGAAGCGAGUAGCCAGACGACUCCCUCACCCAGCGGAUCUGCAGUGCACCAGGUGACGCACCAGAAUUUGCACGAUUCUGCCCUCGUGACGGUGCUCAAUCAUAAGAAGCGAACGAUUGAGGAAGCAGAGCUUCCUGCUCCUGAAGAAGAAUCCGAGCCUGAUGUGUCUGAGAUGGCAGUAUCCAUCAAGAUCCGCGAGAAGUCUGCUGACUCUGCUUCGCCAUUCAAGAAACAAAAAAUCAUUGACUCUCCCGGCAAGCACUCAUCAGCCAAGUCCUUUGCAACCGGAAUGGUCUUUGGCGGCGUUUUGACACUUGGUGCGCUCAUUUCCUUGGGAUAGAUGCGGAGAGAUGUCUUGACUUGACGCGCUGAAGCGAUUGCGAUGGUACCUUUUUUCCCUUAGCGUGUCUUUGUCGUAUUUGCUAUGAGAGUGUUAUUUGUCUUAUUUUCCCCGUACGAUGAGUAUCCUAGAUUAUGGAGGAACCCUCGUAUCUUGUCUCUCAGGCUGCCGACCUUUGUUGUGACAG